AUGUUGAUCGUAGCCGUGGUCUUUCUCAUCUUCUCAUGGACUUCAUUUGCGCUGCGGGUCUAUGUGCGAGCCAUUUUGCUACGCUCGUUUGGCUGGGAUGACUGGACGAUGCUGCUCACAAUAUGCUUGUCCACAACGUGUUGCAGUCUCCUGAUGUGCAUUGAGCGAAUCGAGAACGGUGACGGACCGCAACGAGCACUGGAAGAAGGCAUUCGUGCUCAAAUAGACUUGCUCAACUAUUUGAUGAAGUACAUCAUAUCCCUGAUGGGCUUAUAUAUCCUGACCACCGUCGCAUUGAAGAUCAGUCUAGCCAUCUUCUUCCUCCGAAUCGUCGUUCGGCAAUGGCAAAGAAGGGUCAUCUGGAUAACCACGGCAGUCUACACGAUCUACGCGACCGCUUUUGCCUUCGUCGCCGUCUUCCAAUGCGGAAUUCCAACCAACUUUCUCAUCAAAGAAGCAGUCGGCAUUUGCAUCAAAGACGAUGUACUCCAACCCUUGAACUACAUUCACGCAUCUCUAAACGCCGUCAGCGACUGGACAUUUGCGUUCUUACCCGUCUUCCUACUCUGGAACUCUCAAAUGCCACGGUCUGCAAAGAUAUCCGCUGGCCUGUUACUCAGCCUCGGCGCGGUGGGCAGUAUCAUCUCUCUCGUCCGGAUUGCCUACAUCCCUGGCUUGAAGACCGGACCUGCGUUUUUCACAGACGCCAUCAACAUAGGCGUUUUCAGUCUCAUCGAGCCAGCUAUAGGACUCAACGCAGCAUGUUUAGCUACACUACGCCCUUUAUUCAAGAACAUGGUCGGCAAAGUCCGCAGCAAUGCCACAAACACAACGAAUAGCGAAUCAUCACCCAGCGACAAUUCAAAAAGCUCCUCACGCAAACCCAUCUACUCAGGCGCCAGAUUCGGCGAACGCGGAUAUUUCCAAAUGGACGAUGAUGCCAAACAUCACAGCAACAUGGGAAACUUUACCAGCGUGGUCGGUGAUUUGAAGCGUGGAACGCAGCAAAAUCAAGUGUACGAGUUGAAACAAAUGACUCGGCAAUCGCGGUCAAUGGAAGGUGCGAGGGUAGGGUCGCUGCAGAACAAGAGUUGGUUUCCUGAUGAUGAAGUGUCGAUGACUAGACGGGUCAAUGUGUUUGACGAGGAAGCUGAUGACUGGGUGCAACCACCGAUCAGACUUGCGUGA